GAGGGCGCCUCCUCAGUGCAUUGGUUCCGCAAGGGGCUUCGGCUCCACGACAACCCGGCGCUGCUGGCGGCAGUGCGCGGGGCGCGCUGUGUGCGCUGCGUUUACAUCCUCGACCCUUGGUUCGCGGCCUCCUCCUCGGUCGGGAUCAAUAGAUGGAGGUUCCUACUUCAGUCGCUGGAAGAUUUGGACACAAGUUUAAGGAAACUGAAUUCCCGCCUGUUUGUAGUCCGGGGACAGCCAGCGGACGUGUUCCCAAGGCUGUUCAAGGAAUGGGGGGUGACCCGCUUGACCUUUGAAUAUGACUCUGAGCCCUUUGGGAAAGAGCGGGAUGCCGCCAUAAUGAAGAUGGCCAAGGAGGCUGGUGUGGAGGUGGUGACUGAGAACUCUCAUACUCUCUAUGACCUGGACAGGAUCAUCGAGCUAAACGGACAGAAGCCACCACUUACCUACAAGCGCUUUCAGGCCAUCAUCAGCCGCAUGGAGCUGCCCAAGAAACCUGUGGCCUCCGUGACCAGACAUCAGAUGGAGAGCUGCCCGGCCGAGAUCCAGGAGAACCAUGAUGAAACCUACGGCGUGCCCACCCUGGAGGAGCUGGGGUUCCCCACCGAAGGACUGGGCCCAGCUGUUUGGCAGGGAGGAGAGACGGAAGCUCUGGCCCGCCUGGACAAGCACUUGGAACGGAAGGCCUGGGUUGCCAACUAUGAGAGACCCCGAAUGAACGCCAACUCCCUGCUGGCCAGCCCCACAGGCCUCAGCCCCUACCUGCGCUUUGGCUGCCUCUCCUGCCGCCUCUUCUACUACCGCCUGUGGGACCUGUAUAAAAAGGUGAAGCGGAACAGCUCACCCCCCCUCUCCCUGUUUGGGCAACUCCUGUGGCGAGAGUUUUUCUACACAGCAGCCACCAACAACCCCAGGUUUGACCGCAUGGAGGGGAACCCCAUCUGCAUCCAGAUCCCCUGGGACCACAACCCUGAGGCCCUGGCCAAGUGGGCCGAGGGCAAGACAGGUUUCCCUUGGAUUGAUGCCAUCAUGACCCAGCUGAGGCAGGAGGGCUGGAUCCACCACCUGGCCCGGCACGCCGUGGCCUGCUUCCUCACCCGCGGGGACCUCUGGGUCAGCUGGGAGAGCGGGGUCCGGGUGUUUGAUGAGCUGCUCCUGGACGCAGACUUCAGCGUGAACGCGGGCAGCUGGAUGUGGCUGUCCUGCAGCGCCUUCUUCCAGCAGUUCUUCCACUGCUACUGCCCUGUGGGCUUUGGCCGCCGCACGGACCCCAGUGGCGACUACAUCAGGCGAUACCUGCCCAAAUUGAAGGGGUUCCCCUCUCGAUAUAUCUAUGAGCCCUGGAAUGCCCCCGAGUCUAUCCAGAAGGCAGCCAAGUGUAUCAUCGGUGUGGACUACCCACGUCCCAUCGUCAACCAUGCCGAGACCAGCCGGCUCAACAUUGAGCGAAUGAAGCAGAUUUACCAGCAGCUGUCUCGCUACCGGGGACUCUGUCUGCUGGCAUCUGUCCCGUCCUGCAUGGAAGACCUCAGCAACCCGGUGGCAGAGCCCAGCUCGAGCCAGACCGGGAGCAUGAGCAGUGCAGGCCCCAAACCACUACCCAGUGGCCCAGCAUCCCCCAAGCGCAAACUGGAAGCAGCUGAGGAGCCGCCUGGUGAAGAACUCAGCAAACGGGCCAGGGUGGCGGAGUUGCCCGCCGCGGGGCUGACGAGCAGGGAUGUCUGAGACUGCAGCGCUGUGGCUCCGUGAGCAAAGCCUGGGUGCCCGAACAGCCACCACGGCAGCAGAGAGCAACCGGCAGAAAAACUGAUCAUCAGCAGAUCGAGCGAACGUGUGUGCGCGCGCGUGCAGAGGAAGGAGUGUGUGCCUAUUUGCGUGUGCAUGCAUCUGUUUACACUCUUGUGAUUCUGAACACUGCCUGGGCUGGAGAGGUACCUGUAGCAGCUUCACCUCAGCCUUCAGACACCAGGUUAGAGGUCAGGGCUGUGAUUUUCAGCCACCACCUGUCCCUGCGAGCCGGCUGCCUUGUCUAAACAGAAGAGUAGCUGGGACUCCAGCAUCUGCCCCUCCCCCAGCCCUUCCUCCCUCCCUCCCUCCUCACAUCAGACUGAGGAGCAGGAGGGCAACAUUUCUGGCUCUUAUCCAGAGCUUGGGAUUCUAGAGGCGGCCAGAGCCCUGCUGAGCUCCUCCUGACCCUGGACACAGUCCCCUGGCUUGGUUUCUUUCUUUUUUAAAAAUUCCCUGUCACUGGGUCCUCCAGACCCUUCCUCAGGCAUCUAGGACAGAGCACAAGGCUGUGGGCAGAUCUGUAAACUUUCCAUCGUACAGAAGUACGCCAGUACCUGUGUGUACGGCCGGUACUGUAGACGAAGCCUGGGAAUUGCAUCCACCUUGUGGGGCUCCCAACCUAAGGUUAGAAAUAGUAACCCGGCUCUCGCUGCUCCUUCCCUAGAAGCUGAGAGCCAGCCUCAGAGCUGACCAUGGAGACCCAGGGCCUCCACCAGGAGGAGGCCAGCUUCCUGGCUCCUCUGGCCACACUCCAGGAACCACAAUGCUGCCACUGAGGCCAGCUGACACCCAUCCAGGGGAGCCAUUCUAGUCUGAUCUGUAGUCUUCCACAGCCUGCCCAGGACUGAUCAGCUUCCAAGCUGCCAUGUUAGCCCUGCCGGGAGCUGGGUGCCAAGGACCCAGGCAGAUGGACUCGGGUGGGGACUGCCAGGCACAGUUGGUUAAGAUCUAAGUAGAGAGCCUACCCAGCACACCAAUCCAACACACCAGAAGCAGCAGGCGGGAGGCUUGACCCAGAGAAACAAAGUCCUUACAUUCCAGGAGUGGCCUGUGCCUCCCACCUCAACCUCCCACUGUCGAAGGCCUGUCUUGAGAAAAAUAAUGGAAAGAAGGACUGGUCAGCUGCAGCAAGUCUUCUUUCCACCCUGUGGCCUGUACUUGAGCCACAAAGUAUGAGCGUUUGUGCAUGUGUGUGUGUGUGUGUGUGCGUGCGCGUGUACGCACUCAUAACUGAGAGGCUAAUUCCUCUGGAUUUUUUGUCUUUACAUGUAACAUUAAGCUGGCCUCUGGGCCUUCUCCUCUACCUC